CAAUUAGUUCACUAACAUGAAAACAAUUUGACCAUACAGGUCUUGUCUUGUCUUGUAUACGAGAAUUUUACAUGUUAGAUGAUUGAAUCUUGCUCUAACUUAUAUGGGGUUUGAAGCAGUGUUUAUGUGAUUUAAUGGAGAAGAUAUCAUUAUUAACAUCAAGCACCAGAAUUCAUCCACACUUACCAUUCUCCCAAUCCAAAACGCCAACUCCAUUUCCCCACAAAUGGAUUCAUCUCCGAAACACCCAAUUCCGAGGUCAUCUACUCAAGGUCGAUAGCUCGAGGAGAAGAAGGAGAUCCAACACGGAGUCUGAGACUUAUGUGUUGAUGGAGCCAGGCGAGGAUGAGGAAUUCGUGUCGGAAGACGAAUUGCGCGACAAGUUGAAACAAUGGUUGCAGAAUUGGCCGGGUAAAUCUCUUCCACCCGACCUUGCACGAUUUGAUUCCAUCGAUGAUGCUGUUCAAUACCUAGUUAAAUCUGUCUGUGAGCUCGAAAUCGAUGGCGAUGUCGGCUCAAUUCAGUGGUACCAAGUCCGAUUGGAGUAGCUAUUUUGUUUGUUAAUCAUGUUAUUGAAUAAUGCCCCUUUUGUGUUCGAUGAAAUGCUUGAAUUGAUAAUAUAUUUGUAUAUUACAGAAGUAAA